AUGGAGGACCGUACAGAGGAAAUGAUGGGGAUGGAGACCUCCCCAGCUGCCCCGACAGACGCGGCGCACCAGGCCUCACGCAUCAGCAUGUUCCGGAAGAACGGCAAGCCUACUUCGUGUGAACCAUGCCGUAUCUCAAAGGUUAGAUGUGACCAUGUAAUGCCCAUCUGUCAGCGGUGCGAGAAGAAAGGGAUAGCCGAUAAGUGCUACUACCACGAGGCGCCUUUGACUAGGGUUAGGACUGGUCCAAAAACCAGGAAUAGAGUCACCAAGCCACAAACCUACGGUCUUAUUAGAGCAUGUACCCUGAGGCGGCGUGGUUCUGAUACCGAGGAUGCUCUUCUUAAAUACCCAGCCUCCUCAGAAGAGAAGGCAGAUGGUGGUACCACCAUCCAAAAUGCCUAUCUUGGAUCAACCAGCUUCAUCUCUGUCUUCCAGGAAACCCCAUCGGGAUUCUCCAGCUGCUCUGUCCUAUCACCACAAGUAGACCUGGGGCAAUGGGGCUAUGAUGCUGCGUAUACAGAACUCAACUUGGCCCGACUUCUCUCCGCCUUUGACCUGUACGAGAAGCUGAUUAUUUCUUUCUAUGAAAAAUGCAACCUCACUAUUAUUCCGAUGAAGUUGAUUAUUGCCCCUCUACGGGUUACUAGGGCUUACUUUGAUGCUGGUGGAUGGCUACAAGAGUCACGGCAGCGGGAGCUGUACGCGAAGAUAACUCAGAACACGGCUCGCCCACUUCAAAUUACCGGCACUUCAUCGCUUGAAGACUUUAGCGCUCUGUUUGCCGGAGAGAAUCUAAGAUGGGAGUUUGUUGGAGUAAUCUAUUGCCUGGCUGGGCUUAGCGCUAUUUCAGAUCAUGUUCUUGCACAAACGCCUUACCCUCCGAUAGACGAGGUUCCGGACAGGGAAAAAUUUGCAAAGGAGAUGGCUGCUGCAUGUAAUAGUUGUUCACAACUAUGCAAACGAUAUGACAACUGCAACGACGUAAUGCUUUGGUUACACUACACCUACGCAGUGCUAUCAUCGGAUGUCCUAGGAGAAACAAGCCACCAUGUAUACGCGGUUUUGGGCAACUUGGUAACUGAUAUAUACGGUAUGGGCCUUCAUCGAUACAAAAACCCGGAUUCGGACGUACCAUUUUUCCUUUCAGAAGUGCGAAAGAGGUUGGUUGCAGCUACAUACCGAACAGACAAAAACAUAUCCACAUUUUUGGGACGGCCCCCACGUCUCCCUUACCACUAUUGUGAUGCAUCCCUUCCUCUCGACAUUGAUGAUGAUGAGCUUUUCCUUCAAGGCGACGAGCUUGACAGGGUUCUACAGAAACUUACCCACGACGGUUGGAGCGCUGAAGCAACCUCAAAUGGUAAGAUACGGCCGGUAACCGCUAUUAGGAUGCGUUACUUCUCCUCAAUUUUUCGGGAGAAAGUAUUGAGACUGUCUCUUGGACGAAAAGGGGCCAAUUUCUCCCAUGACCUGCAGGAGACGUACCAAGAGUGCAAACGGAUGCUGGACGGAGUUCCGGGCUGGUUCCAUUAUAGAACCGACUGCUGGGAAAAGCUCGACUCGGUUACGUGCAUUGUGAGCCUUGUUAUUUACCUUGAAUGCAUACAUACCAUGUUUCAGAUUGAACGCAUACGCUGUCGGGAAAACCAGGGCUCAAUAAGGGAUCUUCUUGACAGCUCGAUGCAGGCCGUUUCUGCUGUGAUAGACUUCACCAAACAGGGGGAGAAGAAGGGUAACAAGGUUUGGAAAGACUUUGCUUGGGUGUUUUUACUCUAUGCUCUACCGACUGCGGGUGUCCUCGCAAUCGAACUGCAUCGAUGCACGGUCACUGAAACCCCCUUAUCGUCCAGUGCACCUCGGUCAGAGGUCGUUCGCAACCUUAGCACGAUAGUUUCAUGGUUUGAAUGUACUGACCUGCCAGUUAAUGCGACACAUAACACUUGCGUGGAGGUCAGUAAAGCUAUCAAUAAGCUUCUGGAUGAUACGCUCAAUUACCAGCCUGGUACUGGCCAGCGGCGAAUAGGAGCUGAGCAAGGAGUCACUGAACUAACCGGCCCCUCUGUGAUGCUUUCAACUACCACUGGUACUACCAGCAUAGGAGACGCCGAUACCGCGAAAAACACUAAGCCCUACGACUUGGGGGUUCCAGUGUUGCACCCCGAGCCGUUUGGCAACGAUUUGACCAAUGGUAUUUCAAUUGGAACCGGCGAAAGCUUUCUCACCUGGCUUGAUGGGCUUGGGAUGGACACGUCCAUCCCAGAGUUUCUGCUAUGA